AUGGAAUCUCUCCGCGAGGAGCUGAAGCAAGCAAGAGAGUAUGCACAGCAGUGCGAGGACGAGUCAGUCGAGCUGAGGAGACAGAUCUGCAGCCUGACGAAGGAGAACUCCCAGCUCAAGAAAGAGCUGGAGAAGUUUCAGGCAGGUCUCACUACCCCCCAGCAGACCCCCAUGGAUAUCUCAGGGAAGAAGACGCGAGGAGGGCGAGAACGAUCGACGUCCGUAGCUCCGAUGGAGACUCUGGAGGAGGAGACUCCUUCUAACCUAAGGAGAUCCGCGAGGAGGACCGGGCUGCGGUCUGCCAGCAAGCAGGAAGCCUCCUCCUCCUCCUCCUCCUCCAACGUCAAGAGCGCUUCCAAGAGAAAAUGCGAUGAGGACAACGAGCCUUCGCUGAAAGACUCCAAGAGGAAGAAGAAGAACGCGGAACAGAGUUCAGAGGAAGGUGCUGCCCCGGCAGCGUGCGAGGGGACGGAGGGGAAGGGGGACGGCAUACCGCAGUCGGCGAACGAGCAGUUGCUGCUGCUAGAAGGCCUUAAGGAUCACGGUGCUGUCUGGGACGAGCGAGUGAACAUGAUGAAGACGAUCGGGGAGAUGCUGGAGAAAGGAAUGUUGCAAGCAGAUGAGACCAAAUUUCUUGAAAAGCUUUGCGAGUAUUUGGCGGUUCAAAUCGUCAGAGAGUCCUGCACGUUGAUCAACCGCCUCCUCCCUUUCCUAGGCGACAAGCUUGCCAACGGUGCCAAGUUCCUCCUCCCCGCGCUCUUGAAGCUCACCUACGUUAGCAUCAAAGUCAUCUCGGAGUCUGCUACCCAGACCCUCAAGGCCAUCACAGCCGCUCUCACCCCUUCCUCCCUGCUCCCUCACUUCCUAGCUGCCAUGGGGGACAUCCACCCUCAGGCCCGUUCGUGCGCAUCCUCGUGCGUGGAGAUCGUCAUCAACCAGACCAGCGGGAAGGAGAGCGAGAAGGAGGUCGACAUGAUUGUUGAGAUUCUGAGCAAGUCUCUCAGUGACACGAGUGCGGACACCAGAGCAAACGGCAAGGCUGCCAUGGAGCAGUUCAUGAAGAAGUGGCCCGAGAGAGCCGACAAGCUCCUUGAAGGCUCGUCAGAGAGCAUCCGCAAGCUGUUCAAGAACCCUCCCGCUAACCGAGCUGAGGUGAAAUCAUCCUUGGCGAACAAACGGACUGACUUCCGGGCGCUGAGGAUGGAGCACAUCAAGAAACUCAAGUCAGGGGCUGCUGACAACGCUCUACCUGUCGACGUUGUUGUCGACGGAUCGUCGAACAAGGAGAACGCGAUGUAA